GGUUUGGUGGAGAAGAACCACAUCUGAUCUGUCUUUCUCGUUCUUUUCUCAGGGGUAUCCAUGCAGCAGUGAUAAAGAGUGCACAGUGGGAACAUACUGCCACAGUCCUCAGCACGCCCCGUCCCGCUGCCUCACCUGCCGCAGGAGAAAGAAGCGCUGCCACAGAGACAACAUGUGCUGCCCUGGCAACCGCUGCAGCAACUACAUCUGCAUCCCCAUCUCAGAGCGUGCCCUGUCCUCACACAAGUCACCUAUGGAGGAGCACAACAAGUUUUCCAUCAAAGACAAAGGCUGGAGGAGGAACGGCAAAACUCAGGCCAAGAUGUCUCUCAAAG